CACACCACUACACCGAAACGGAACGUUCUACAUUGGGGUUCGUCGUCUUCGUUCCGAUCGUACCCCGUGUACGUUCCGGUAAGGAAAACAUUUCGCUUGGAGCUUCUCUUGCCUUUCCCCUUCAUAAGUACACGAUCAUCAUCAUCGUGCUGCUCUUGAUAUCGUGCCGACCGGCGUGGUUGAGCAUUGUGCACGGGAGGCGCAACCGAGUGUGCUUUCAUUCCGUCUUCCCGUGUUUCGAUCCGUGUUAGUGUUCCCGCUUCUGUUGUUGCAUCGCGGCAAGGUCCCGCGGGGCCAAGCUUUUGCUACAGUUUGGGCCGCGACGCGAGGAAAAACAUAAAACCAGCUUACAUUCCCGACCGAGCGCACAGUUCGAUUGCAGCAGUCGCCGAAGAAACAUCGGAGUUUUUCGUCUGCGUAUCUUCAAAGGUUUCCCUCCUCCAACCUUUGGAGUGUACAAGCGGAACUUCCGACAGUGGAAACAAGUGCCGCGUAAACCGUGAACGACCGUGCGUCAGUGUUUCCAACCGUACAUACGUGUGCUCUUCCAUUGUGAGUGCUUGUGCUUGUAGUGUGCUGGCUGUUUGUGUGCAGAACAUAAACCUCCGCUCGAGUGAAAACGAACCAACUAGGAAAGGAAAUCGAAGAUUUCGAAAACAUUUCACCCCGAACUUCCUGCAUGCCUGCAAUUUUGUGGCCAAUUGUUUAAGCUGAAGAAUAUUAUUGCUUCUUGCACGCGAGCGAAGCUAAAGGCAAAGUGAUUCGCGGAUACAAAUAGCUUGCUGCGUGUUGCUGGCUGUGUUUGGUGGGCAGUAUAAAUUAGGGGCAAAUAAAUAAACCUUUCCCCCGCUGUUUCAACUUUGCGUCGGAUAGAAAACAAAAACAGCAAAAACGAAUCUGUUUUUUUGGCGGCGAACGCACAACCAAACGCAUUCAUCAUGAAGCUACUUUUAGCGGUGUUAACUUUCGCGACGUUCCUGCUUAGCAUACAAUGCCGUCCCCAGGCGAUACACUUCUUCCCCUAUCGACCGGCAGAGCUUCCAGCAGCGCCAUACACAUACCCGACACAUGGUUAUCAGAUCGCGAGUCGGCAAUAUAGCCUACUACCAGUGUCGGUACCCUUCCCGGCCGGAUUGUAUCCACCUGGACCGAUACAAAUCGACCAGCGUACAUUGUCGGGUAUUAGGGUGGAUGAAAAAUCACCGGAGAAGUUACAACAAACUAAUACAACUAAAAAGCAAACAAGAAAUCGCAAUCGUACACAGGGUAAGAAACCGAAGCGUGUUAUGAAUGCACCCUUCGUACAGGCUCUUCAACAAGCCGAUGGGCAAUUUAAGGUGCAAAAGUAUUCUCUGGAAACUACGAAAGAGUUUCCCAAAGCCGCUCCACAGCAAACACUGCUAUCAAUGCAGGAGAAGAAUCAACGGUUAGAGCCACAACGGGUCAAAUCAUCAAGUAGUGCUAACCCAGUUGUAGUGACUGCGACCGGUUCUACGACAGCCGAUGCACCGGUGAUCGGUCGUGUACCGGUUGCACCAACCGUCUCAGAAUACUAUCCCUUCUACGGUUUACCGAUGACUGAUAACCGAGAGGAAGCAUCCCUCAUACUGGAACCAUCGUCGAAGGCCAUCUCCGGCAAUGGUGGUACUGCCAUCUCUACACCCGUCUCACAUGCCAUCCUGAAGCAGGGCAGCAGAUCGAAGAUUCUGUUCCGGCCCCAGUCGGUUGCGAUCGUCGGUGCGAACGGGCGUGCUCACGCGCAAGCCGAUCUGAUUGUCGAUUAUGUGAAUCCGGAACAUCGUACCGCUACCGAUGUGCUAAAGCUGCCCUUCUACGGUGGUGCCCGUGGACAGAUACUGGAGAUACGCAAAAACAGCGACGGUACAGUGGUGAGCAAGAUACUUCGCGGCGACGAUGAAGACAUGGAGCUGAAGGUGCAACAGGUGGCGGAUGAACCGUCCCCAGUCAAACAGGUGUCGAACGAGCAGACACUCGACACGAGCGAUGAGGAUCUGAAGGGUGCGGAUCAAUCAUUUGGUGACUAUCUGCUGAAGAUACAGAAUGCAGCCGCAUCGCUCGUGUCGCUGCAGGAAACGGUGAAGAAGACGGGCAAACUUUCUACCGACCAGCGGAAGGUGUACACGGAUAAUUUGGAGAAGCUUGGCGUUGCCGCCCAGAAGUUGGCUCACAUCCAACAGGCGGAUGACGAUCAGGAUGCGAUACGGUUCCUGUUUGACUUAUCUGCUUUGACAGCCAACUACGAGACCACAUCGUCGGGAGAUGCGCAGAAGAAGAAGACGUCAGGAAAUAAAAUUACAUCCUUCCCGGGAUACAAGGGCAAGGAGGAUAGUAAGAAGAAGGAAGAGGAGGAAAAUGUCGGCGAGGAUAGUGGGGAUUCGGUGCAGGUUGAGACACAGGAGAAGGAGUCUUCCAUUGCCGAAGCUAAACCAGUGGGUCUUGCUAUCGCUGGUGAGGGAGGCGUUGCGUCGUCUAAACCAGUUGCAACGGCCGUCGUUGGAGAUGGUGGUCUUGCAGUAGCUCGUCCAGUAGCGACUGCCAUCGCCGGUAUCAAACCGAGCGAGUUGGGCAAUCUGGGACUCCCGAUCUCGGUCAACAAGAAGGUGCUUACGAAGGGAAAGUAUGGGCUGGUUGCUGCUGGUGAUGAAGCCGCUGGAGGUGUGCUCGUUGGGCCGGACUUUGAGGCACGUGUAGCACCGAAAGAGAUUGAGGCAGAAAUCGACGACAACCGUCAACAGGCGAUGGCUAACUUUGACACGGAGAAAUUCUUGGCCAACCUGCGACUGAAGACGGCACCAAGCUCUACACAGAUCCCGAGUGCACCACAAUCGCUAGGCUCGUAUCAACCAGCUUCGUUCAUGCAGCAGACCGUUCCGUACAUGCCGGACUAUGGCGUUAGUCAGAAUGCUUACCCAGUGUACACGCCAAUCAUUCCGUACUAUAGCUGGUCGCCUGGAUACUAUCAACCGUACCAAUCGACACUGAAUGCACUGACCGCGUACCAGAUGGCAGCAAUGCAAUCCUCCCAGUACAAUCCGUACCUGUACGCAGGUUAUCAACAGACCCAGCUUCCACAGUCCAUUAGCCAGAACCCCUUUCAGCAGUAUGACUAUCCUCAGCGAACCCUCUACAACCCGACGCCAGUUGUCAGCGCGGCUUCUGCCUAUCCGAACUAUAACAAUUAUGCAUCCUUCAGCAACCCUUCGCCAUACCGAUUUUUCUACUAUUAGUCUGCUCAUCGGUAGCGGCCCCGACGACCAUUUCAUACUGAACGUCGUCUCAAAUGGGCCCGCCACCCAAGACUGAUCCAUCGGCUGACCAUUCCGGUCACCGAGCAUCUCAAUCUCACGUACACAUGCGAUGUGGCAACGGGAGAUGAAUUCCAUUUUAGUACUGUAGUUGACCAACGAUAUUUUGUAGGUCUUCCGAUUGGCGACCGAGCAUCCGACAGGUUGCAUACACACCCCUCCAACGGCUAAUCCUAAGACUUACGAGACUGAACUGAAUGACGAUUAUGGUGUUAGGUGUCUAGGGAAAGAUUCGACAACGAUGAUGCAAACCGAACCUGAUCCGAAACCAGAGCUUUAAUGGCCAUCUCGGGAGUGCAGGGAUCGGUUGUUCGGUUUCAUCCAAUCGGCUUAGUCGUAAACAAACGUACGAUAGUUUAUGGGAUAGGGCAUCCCGAUCUGAUAAGUGCAUUUCUUCUAGCGAUUAAGAGUACGAAAUAAAAACAAACGGAAUAGCUUCCAAUUAGUGAUUUACGUGGAUAACUAAGAAAUCUGUAAUGAUGAUCGUGUUUUAUUGACGAAAGAAAAUGAGGAUGUAUUUUCAAGAAACACAAUAUUUCAUAUGGACGGGGUGCAA